GAGAGAGAGAGAGAGAGGGAGAGAGAGAGAGGAAGCAGGGAGAGUUUGUUUUACAGAACUUGGGCUGGGCUUCCAGAGAGUGAGCAAGGGAGUGAGGGAGUAAAUGAGCAAGAGAACGAGUGCAGAGACAGAAACACUGAGGAUCAGAGAGGGACGGAGAGAGAGAAAGAGAGAGAGAAAGAGAGAGAGAGAGAGAGAGAGAGAGAGAGGGUCUCACACACAGACAGAUAGACAGAUGGACAGAGGGAGAGAUAUGUCCUCUGUGGUUCUCCUCGUGGUUUUGUUCGGCGUGUUCCCUGUGCUGUUCGCCCAACAGGAACCCGUCUACACUGUGUGUGCGCGGGGGUUCUUCCUGAGUGAACAGCACACCUGUUUGCCGUGUAACUGUAAAGGCCACACCCAAGACUGUGAGGACAUCACUGGAAUCUGCAUCGACUGUCAAGAUCACAGUACAGGUGAUUUCUGUGAGAGGUGUGAAGAUGGCUACAUUCUCCAGGUUUCUCAUGAUGGACAGCACGAGUGUCGGCCAUGUGCAUGCCCUGUUGCCACGGAGACCAACAACUUUGCUACACACUGCGAUAUGAGGGGCGUGGCUCUGAGGUGUGUUUGUCAGGACGGUUACGCUGGACAUUACUGUGAGAGGUGUGCUCCUGGUUACUAUGGCAACCCCACUCGCGCAGGUGACUCAUGUAAGAAGUGCGACUGUAACGGAAACUCGGACCCGAACCUGAUCUUUAACGAGUGUCACAAUGUAACGGGGCGGUGCUUACACUGUUACCACAACACAGCCGGAGACAACUGUGAGAGGUGUGCACCCGGUUACUACGGCGACGCCAUCAGCACCAAGGACUGCCACAAGUGUGAGUGUAAUCAGUGUGGGACGGCGUCGUGUGAUGACAGGACAGGAGUGUGUCACUGUAAACCUGGAGUUACAGGACGCCUGUGUGAUCGUUGUGAGGAUGGACACUCUGGGUUCAGUAGCUGUAUGGGCUGUAGGAAGUGUGUGUGUGCAUCUGCAGCUCUGCAUUCGUCCUGUAACACACUCACUCAGGCGUGUCAGUGCCGCCCGGGGGCCGGAGGACGCUACUGCGAUCGCUGCUUACCCGGCUACUGGGACUACACACACACGGGCUGCAAGAAGUGCGACUGUCCCGAGGGGAACUGUGACGUCCACACUGGAGAGUGUCUACCCGAGAUGUCUCAGGUCAGCGAGUGCAGCAUUGACUGUGAUGAGUGUAUCUGGCACCUGAUUGGUGAUGUGCGUCAGUCCAAUAAAACAGUGGAUCAGUUGAGGAACAGCGUCCUGAACAUCUCUACUGGAGCUGCAGCGUACGAUCGCCUCAAAUACUACAACUACACUGCGCACACACUCAGGGUGCAGUUUGUAGGAUGGAGGAAUAAAUCAGCAGUGAUGAGGAAACACACAGGAGAGCUGGAGGAGGAAGCAGCACACCUUCAGACUGACACGGAGCUGCUCACACACCAAGAGGAGGAUGUGAUAUCAUUAGGAACGCAGGUGGAUAGUGACACACUGCACAGCUUCACAUUAGCUGAGAUGCUAGCGGCUAAUCUGACCUCCCUUAACGUGCUAAUAGAAGACAUGAUCAGUGAUUGGGAGGUGUACAGCGUGCAGCAGGAAGUGGAUCCUGAGCAGCAGAAGCAGAAGGAGAGUGAAGCUGAACACAUGCUGAGUCACAUGAGAACCCUGAACCUGUCACCCAAACACUCACUCGCUACACAGGAGAACACACACACACACCAGCUUCUCCAGCAUGUGCGUCAGAUGGAGAAGAGUGUGUUGCUGAUGGAGGGACGACUUUCUGCAGUCAGAGAGUUGAUGAAGCGCUUCAGCUCAAGUCUCACACAUGGCCAGAUUCACCUGCACAAAGCACAUGACACACUGCAGCAAACACACAACACACACACUCACAACCUGCACCACCUACAGCGCAGAGAGGCUCACAAACAUCGUCUAAUAGAGAAUUAUAAUGCUGUCAAUCAGACUGUCAUGUCAGCCAAUGACAUCUUAGUUGAGGCAGCUGUGGGUGUGGCAGAUUUGAAUACUAUGGUUAAGAAUGUGACGGAGUACCAUGCAGAGGUUGACGGUGCUGCAGUGUCGAUACAGGAGAGAAUUGAUCAGCUCUCUAAGGCAGAUCACAAUUUAGUGCAGAGAGCUACUGAGCAUGCUCAUGAGCUGCAGAGACACGCCCACGAACUGCAGCAUAAUCUGAAGGGCAGUGAUACACAUGGAUUUGUUCAGAAAGCUCUGGAAGCGUCGAACGUCUACGACAACAUUGUUAAAUACAUCGACGAGGCUGACGUGAUUGGAGUGAGCGCGCUGAACAUGUCCAUCAGGACAGAGGAUGCCCUCGAUGGUUUGAAGUCCCAGCUGAACUUCCUCAAAACACAGAGCAAUCAGGUGUUUAAAGAGUCCGUGACACUCAACUCCGAAUACACAGAGGUGGAUUCGACUGUCGCUGACACCAAAAAAUAUAUCGAGGAGACCAGAGACAUGCUGCAGACGUCACAGGUCUCACUGGAGGAGCUCGUCAACAACAUGAACACACUCCAGAGAGUCCGGAAGCUGCAGUCCACUCAGGAGGCAGCAGAGCGCUCUCUGAAUCACUCAGCUGAAGUUCUGGGGGUCGUUACCCCGAUUAGGGAACAAGUGGAAGAAUGGAGCAGAAACAUGAGGAAUAAUCAGUACUCCACCUCCGCCUACGAACAGGCCGUGGACUCCGCCCGUAGCACAGUGGAGAAUCUGUCAGAAAUCGUACCAAAGUUGUUGACAAAGCUGCAUGAUGUGGAAGAAAAGAAACCGGUCAACGUGUCCACCAACAUCAUGAGGGUCAGACAACUGAUCGCGCAGGCUCGCAGCGUCGCCAGCAAGGUGCAGGUAUCUAUGAAGUUUAAUGGGCAGUCCUCAGUGGAGCUCCACCCACCUGCUGAUGUAGACGAGUUGAAGGCCGUGACCUCCAUUAGCCUGUACGUGCGUGUGGACCCUGACUCAGACCCCAUCGAGGACCGCUUCCUGCUUUACCUCGGAGACAAGAACGGCCGUAAGGACUACAUGGGCGUGGCUAUAAAGAAUGAUAACCUGGUGUUUGUGUAUAAUUUGGGGGGAGACGAUGUAGAGAUUCCACUCAGCUCCAAACCUGUGAGUUCCUGGCCUCCUGUGUUCAACCAUGUGAGAGUGGAGAGACUGGGUCGUCAUGGGAAGGUGUAUUUAACAGUCCCCCGUCAGGACACAGUGGCUGAGCAGAAGUUUAUACAGAAAGGGGAAUGGGACGGGACUGAAUCUCUGUUCCACCUGGACCCCAGAGACACGGUGUUCAUCAUCGGAGGAGCUCCAACAGACGUCAAGCUCCCCCCUGCUCUGAGUUUAGCUCCGUUUGUUGGCUGUAUUGAACUCGCCUCUCUCAAUAAUGAUGUUAUCAGUCUGUACAACUUCAAAAAGCUGCAUGACAUGAACGUGGCAGUGUCCAAACCCUGUCCCAGGUAUAAGUUAGCGUUCUCUCAGGGUCGUGUAGCGAGUUACCUGUUUGAUGGAUCUGGUUAUGCGUUAGUGCGGAACAUUGAAAGGCGGGGCAGGAUCAGCGUCGUCACGCGGUUUGACAUUGAAGUGCGCACCGUGGCUCACAACGGAGUUCUUCUCCUCAUGGUUAAUGAGGAUAAGUUCUUCGUACUGGAGAUGAGGAACGGGUUUCUGCGAUUGGUUUAUAAUUUCGGAUUUGCUAACGGUCCCAUUGUGUUGGAGGGGAACCUGACCAAACUGCAGAUCAAUGACGCCAGAUACCACGAGGUGUCAGUGAUCUACCACCAGUCUAAGAAGGUCAUUCUCCUUGUAGACAGGAGUUUCGUUAAAUCCACAGAGAACGAGAAGAAAACUCUGCCCUUUAAUGAUAUUUACAUCGGGGGAGCGCCGUCAGACGUGAUACAGAUGCGGCCUGAGUUCUCCUCUCUGAUUGGACUGAAAGGAUGUGUAAAAGGAUUUCAGUUCCAGAAGAAAGACUUUAACCUGCUGGAGGAACCAGGAACCAUCGGCAUCAGCAGCGGCUGUCCGGAGGAAUCCUUUAUGUCACAUAAAGCGUACUUCACAGGUGGUGGUUAUUUGAGUUCCACAGCAAGAAUCUCUCCGUUCAGCUCAUUUGAAGGAGGAAUGAGCUUCAGAACAGUGCAACCAUCUGGACUACUGUUCUACCACAGAGACGGGGUGGAUGAGUUCUCUCUCUCUCUGGAGAACGGUGCAGUAGUUCUUCACUCCAGAGGAACUAAAGUUAAAUCCAGGAAGCACUACAGUGAUGGACGACCUCACUUCCUGGUCACCUCCGUUACCAAGCAAAAAUACCAGCUGGUGGUGGAUGACCGAGACAAGCAGGAGAAGAAGAACCCGGGUUCUGCGCCUCAAACAGACGGAGUGAAGGAGCUCUAUUACGGAGGAUCUGCUCAGAGCAACAUCAACAACUUCACUGGCUGUAUCAGUUAUGCUUACAUCAGCAGGCAGGACCGUGAUAUCGAGGCGGAGGAUUUCCAGCGUUACAGUGAGAAUGUGGGUGUGUCCCUGCAGGACUGUCCUGUGGAGAAGCCACCUGCUGCUCUGCAACACACACGCUCUGCGCGACAAGCUCCUGACAACACACACCCCGCUUCACACACUCCUGCAGCCUUACACACGGUGAGCAGGGACAAACCUGUGAUGCCGCAAAGCAUUCUGGGAGUGCAGGAUGACCCUCAGGUUGCUCCAAAGAAGGAGGUCUCGUCUUGUUUCCUCUCACCCCGCCCACAUGCUGUGAGAAACGCCCAUUAUUUUAGUCGCCACAGUCGGCUUGAGUAUAAUGGCAUCGCUGAGGUCAUCAAAGAAAGGUCAGAGUUCUCCUUGUCGGUGAGGACACGUGCGUUUUGGGGGAUGAUUGCGUGUGCGUGUGGUGAGACUGAUGAAGACUUUAUGGCACUCUUCCUUUCUAACGGUAAACUCGUCUUCACGUUUGCCUCCGCGGGACACGUCCUGCAGCUCCACAGCACACACACACACAACAACGGAAGCUGGCAUGACGUGGUGUUUAUCAGAGACGGUAAGACAGGAGCGUUGCUUGUGGACGGUGUGAUGGUGAUGAAGGAUAAAAUUCAGAGUAACAACUUCACCCUGAAACUGCAGGAUCCACUGUAUGUGGGCAGCCUUCCAUCCGUGUACAAAAACAAGAACAUGGAGGUGACAUCCGGGUUCUCAGGGUGUGUGAGAGAUCUGCGUCUGAACAGCGUCUUCCUCUCGUCUGUCGCUAACAGUUACUGGGUGACGCCGUGUCCAGUGAGAGAGAGUGAAGCUGGAAUGUUUUUCUUUGAAGAAGGAGGAUAUUCAAUCAUGUCUCAGCCCGUCAGUGUGGGUGGGCAGGUGGCAGUGGAGAUGGAGUUCCGCCCCCGCGUGGCCUCAGCGCUGUUACUGUACGUCUACAUCAGACCUGAGGAGAUCCUCAGCCUCUACCUGCAGGACGGCCAGGUGUUUGUGCAGGUGAAUAAUGAGACGUAUACAGUGAAUUUUCCCCCCGAAAAGAGCGUAUGUGAUGGCAAUUGGCACAGAGUCAAAGUGGUGAGGGACAGCAGUGGACUGAGGUUGGAUGUGGACGGGGAGCAGACGCGUGUAAAAGCGAACUUUCUGGUGGAGAAACAAGGUGUGAUAAAGAAAGUUCUCAUUGGAGGAGCACCAGAAAACACGGCAGAUCCUAUUAACGUGAAGGUGAAGAGCAGCUACGUAGGCUGCGUGAGGAACCUGUCCAUCAACCAGCUCACCAUUAAGUUCGAACACAUGCUGCUCCUUAACGGGGUCGUCAGAGCCGACGGCUGUCCUGUGGACUGAUGAUGUCAUCACAGGAAAUGAUGUCAUCACCACCCACCCACACCUGCUCUGUGUGCGCUAGUCAUGUGACUUUAUUCAUUCAUAUUAUAAAGUGCCAUGUAACACACACACACACUCUCUCUCUCUCUCUCACACACCCACACUCUCUCUCUCACACACACACACACACACACACACACUCUCUCUCUCACACACACACACACACACACUCUCUCUCUCUCACACACACACACACACUCUCUCUCACACACACACUCUCUCUCUCUCUCUCACACACACACACACACACACACACACUCUCUCUCUCACACACACACACACACUCUCUCUCACACACACACACACACACACACACACUCUCGCUCUCUUUCUCACACACACACACACACACACUCUCUCUCACACACACUCACCCUUCCUCUCUAGUCCCCUUGGUCUGAAGUUUCCAGCCUCUACAGUGUCACUUUAACUCCAUCAGGAGUGUGCACUAGUGAGAAGUGUUUAUUAUGAAGUGGAACAUGGUCACAUGACUACGGCACAUUUAUCACAUUAAUCUCAACACAAACACACUCAUUACUAACACACACACACACACACUGAGGUAACCCCUGUAAGGGCUGUGUUCCACAUACACUACACACUAUUUUACAGACUAUAAUGAGACACGCCCCCAGCCCCCUCAGUGUUAAUGUUAUUAAUGACUCGUUAGUGUAGUGCAGCGGAGCGCCUCCUGCUGGUGCGGCGCAGAAUUACUGCCUUAUGGGGGAUUUUUAUCAUGAGUGUAUAUUCUCACAACGCUGCAGGAAUGUUUAAUGUUUUAUUAUCAAGAGAACACACCAAACACACACACACACACAUACACACACACUACCCACACUACACACUAACCACACACACACCAAACACACUACACACACACUACCCACACCAAACACACACACACACACACACACACACUACCCACACUACACACUAACCACACACACACCAAACACACUACACACACACUACCCACACCAAACACACACACACACACACACACACUACCCACACCAAACACACACACUACACACACACCACACACACACUACACACACUACACACACACACAUUAUUUUAGGUUUAUUUGCCCUUUAACCUCUUUCCCGAGUCAUUUCCAGAAUUAUUAACUUGUCAGCAAAAUGAUUUAAAUGUGAAGUGUAUCGUGUUCCUCAGACCACCAGGCCAUGCCUUUAGAGUUACUGCUGAGAUUAUAAUCUUCACUGUGAAAGACUCGCCACCUGCUGGAAAUAAUAAAAACACAUCUUAUCAUCUGGAAGAUACAGUAAUUAUACACCUAACAUCCAUUUCUCUUAUUUACUGAUUAAUCUCUCAACGCAUUAUUUCAUAUUCAUACUUCAUUUUUUACACAAAUGUCCCUUUAAAAAAAUAAAUAAGUGCAUCUUUUUGAAAACUAUCUGAAGUCUAUACU